CCCCUGGCUCAUUGCUCUUUUAUAAAAGUAUAAUGGAUAAAACAAUUGAAGGCCAGCAUUCCUGGCUUACUUAGCACCCUUGCUGACCUGAGGACCCCAGGGAUUGCUCUCUGCUGAGUGAGCAAAUGCCAGGGUCCCCUGCCUCUAGCGCCACCUUUCCCUGGGGGUGUUGAUGAAGCUAAAAUAACAAGCUCCCUACACAGGGUGGCAGCCUCGGUGCUCUGAGUUCUACAGCCCAGCCAUUCUCCUUGUUGGGGAGCAGUGGGGCCAGAGAGGGGGACCAGCUUGGAGUCACACAGGGACCAGUCUGGAACUUGGGGUUGCAGGCACAGCCUCCCAGGCAGGCGGACAGUGGUGAGCACCAGGCCUCGGAGCGGCAAGUUCUGCUGGCCUGGGCCUCGCUCACCCCAGUGGGCAGACUUGGAGACCAGUGCACUUGGUGGGGCAGGAAGGAGAAUGGCACAUGGGGAGUGAGACCGGCUGGGGAAUGAGCCCCUGGGCUGGCAAUGCCAGCAUGAGGGGUGGCCCCUGGGAGGGUCCAGCCUGUGGCGUAGGGAUGGGGGUCCUCUGACAGCUCCUUCAUUCCACAGAUGUCCCAGUGACAUCUGUUCUCACACGUGAGGGUCACCUGUGGUCCUUGGUUCUAAGACACUCUGGGCUGGAGCCCAGGACCGUGCACUAUUCAUACCAUUCAGCCAAGUCCUGCCCGUGGCCUGGCUGCCCUUCCUCGUGACCCUCAUGCUCUUUUGGGAAGGUGGACCCAGCAGCUUUCCUUCUAGGUGAAGAGAUGGGAGACAGGGAGCUCCAGGCAGGGCCAUCUGCCUGAGUGCAGGCGUGGAGGUAGGACAGCGAGGCAAGUCGGGGCCUCUGGGUGCUGAGGGACGGAGUUCUGCAUGUAGCACUGCAGCCUCAAAGGCCCUGACUGGGGGGCGGAGAUGCUGCGGGCACCGGGAGGGCCUGGGGACACAGCCCCCACACACUCCUGUGGGCACUCAACAAUGAGCCAAGAGCAAGCCCAGAGCCAGCCGCUCGGGUUGCCAUGCCAACUGCUUCCCAGCUCCUGUAAGCCUGGAGGAGGCCACGGCCCAGCAGGGAAGACCCCAGGAAGGGGCUGGGAGGAGUCCAGGUGCAGGAGGCAGCUGGCGGUGUGCAGAAGCCUGCGCUGGUUCCUGGUGACCUUGGUGUCUCCGGCCUCAGGCUCUGGCUAUGCAAUGGGCUCCGGGGCUGAGCACAGCUGCGUCCUCUGGUGCCUUCUGAGAGCUGUGACCGCAGGGGCUGAGCACCCUACCCCCCAGGUUGGGACUGGGUCGGGGCUGGGAGCCGUCUCAGGGAUGUGCCUGUGCAAACACACAUGUGCCUACCCCUGCCCUGGAGACUGGGUGGGAAGGGUCCCUGACCCCCCUCGUGGGGCAGUGUGCAGGAUGGGGGUGGGAGACAGCAGGAGUGCCAGGCCUGGCAUGGCCGUGAUCCUGCUCACCCUCCCUGUAGGCUGUGGCAAGUGCCCAGGAGAAGGGCCCUCGGCUGGGCCAGCAUCUGCCCUCAAUUGUGGUGGAGCCCAGCGAGGUGGACCCUGUGGAGAGCAGCGAGUGGCGCUGGCCCCCGGAGCAUGCCCAGAGGGGCCCCUCUCAGAGCGGGGCUGCUGCUGCCCACCCCCCGAGUCCCCUCGGAGAACCAGGAGACCUGCAGAUGAUGCUGGCAGCGAGUGUGUCUGCUCCGAGGACCAGGCAGCCCCGGCCCGGGGAUAGGACAAGGACGUGGCCAGGGUCUGCCGUCUGACUGCUGAGGGCCUCUGCCGCAGGGUGGCUGGGAUGGUGCACAGGAGGGUCGGGCCUGCCCCGACAUCCCGCAGGCAGAGCCCAGAGGCUGCUUCCUGUCUCACCGGGUCUGCCAGGACUGCAGCCCUGCCCUCUUCUGCCUGUGGUCCAGAUCUGGAUCACACCCUGCUUUGUUCCGUGGUUUGACGUAGAAAUAAAGGCACUUCCUGAUGGCCAGCGGGCACGUGGUGGGGAUGCAGGGGCCUGAGAACAGUUUGGGUUCUGCCUGUGGC